AUGUCCCUGCAGAAGCUUCGAACCUGGAGGAAUAACCCAGCUUCUAAAUACUAUGACUGGAGACUUAUUGCGGAACGCCUGGACUCCCUUGCGACCGCACGGGAAGACGCCAACUUUCAACAGCUCGUCAAUUUAUUAAGAUCCGGUCUUGUUCGGAAUCUAGGAAACAUCACCUCACCCAAGCUCUACAACCGAUCCUUUGCUGGCACCAAGUAUCUUAUAGAAGAGUACAUAACCCAGAUUGCCGAAGCAGUGGAGGAUAUCCGUGCCCUCCCCACGACGCCGUCCGCCGUACAUGGCCAUGGGCCGUCUCUGACGACACAGAUGAAGCUGGAUUGUAUACACGACACGCGGCAGGCUUUCGGAAGAAGCACCCUCGUUCUUCAAGGCGGUGCCAUAUUUGGCAUGUGUCAUUUAGGCGUUGUAAAGGCUCUCUUCUUACGCGGUUUGCUUCCUCGCAUCAUCACCGGUACAGCUACAGGCGCCUUGAUCGCAGCUUUGGUCGCAAUCCACACAGAAGAAGAGCUCCCAGCUGUCUUGAGCGGCGACGGUAUCGACCUCUCAGCCUUUGCGCCAAAGGUUGGAACUGAGAAUGGCGAACUCUCGACAUUUCGAGCUUUCCAGUCACGGUGGGCGACUUUACUACGGAGAAUUAGACGCUUCUCCAAGGAAGGUUACUUCCUUGACGUGACUGUGUUGGAGGAGUGUGUAAGAGCCAACGUCGGCGAUCUCACCUUCGAGGAAGCCUACAAUCGAAGCAAGAGGGUGUUGAACAUUACGGUUGCGACAGAGGGUCAAGGAGGUGUACCGACGCUACUCAACUAUCUCACCGCGCCUAAUGUGUUGAUCUGGACAGCUGCUGUGGCGUCGAAUGCUUCAUCGCCUUCGCUCUAUGGCCACCGCAAGACAACAAUGCUCUGUAAAGACGCUCACGGCAACAUCGUACCUUGGGAACCCGCCACUACUAUCGACUUUCGACACUGGACACACACAUCGUACUCGGACCGAGACUCGCCCUUGAGGCGCAUCGCUGAACUUUUCAACGUCAACCACUUUAUCGUCAGCCAAGCCCGGCCAUACCUCAUCCCCUUUAUCCAGUCCGAUAUGCAUGGGCCAUCCCUGGUAGAGUCGCGGAGCAAAACCACACAAGUCUCUGCUUUUCUGGUCCGCAUGGUCGGAUUGGAGAUACGACACCGCCUCAGCCAACUGGAUACGCUCAACCUCCUACCAACAGGUAUCCGUCGCUUUUUAGUCGAUGAGCAGGUACCAGCGGCCUCCAUGGUUCUUGUGCCGGAAGUGACAGCCGGAGACUUUGUGAGAUUGUUGGAAACACCGACUCGGGAAACCCUCAACUACUGGGUUCUGAGGGGCGAACGAAGCGUGUGGCCUGCCGUGGCUGCCCUGCGAAUUAGGUGUGCCGUCGAGAACGAGCUCGACAGGUCUUACCAAGUGGUGAGAAAGUUCAAGGCUCCUGGACUGAGACGGAAGGGGAGCAUGGCAGCCAGUAUGGAGGCUGAAGGGAGGGAGCGUAAUGGCCGGUUUGGCACUGAUGUCGGUGCAAGUUGA